GGUGUGCCUUGCGAUCAUUGUGAAUACGUUCCAAGGGGAUGGCGCGCCGCUGGUGGCCUCGAUGGCGUUCAGCGGCAUUGCGUUUGCCGUGGCCUAUAGCAUGAUUCGAUGGCUGGGUCCCGUGUUUAUGAAGGCAGGGUUGAAGGGCAAGGAUAUGGCCAAGCCGCGAAGACCGGAAAUACCGGAAACCAUGGGAGCUGUCUGCGCAGUCGUAUAUCUGCUGUUGUUGAUUGCGUUUAUCCCAUUUCCCUUUUAUAAGGAUAUCGUGGCCGCGACGUCUGGAGGAGGUAACCGGGACGUCGUGCUGGAAACCCACCCUGUCGAGACGGGCCGGUUCCUCCAUCGGUUCCCUCAUAGCAAGCUCGCGUCGUAUCUGUCCGGCCUCCUCUCGUUACAAUCCAUUGUCAUUCUCGGCAUCGGAGAUGAUCUUCUCGACAUCCGGUGGCGGCACAAGGUCUUGAUCCCGGCCUUUGGCGCGAUCCCCAUGUUGAUUGUCUAUUUUGUCGAUUUCGGUGUCACGCACGUGGUGGUCCCGGUGCCCUUGCAGCGCUAUUUAGGAUCCUUUGUCGACCUGGGCUGGCUAUACUAUGGCUACAUGGCUGCUGUGGCCAUCUUCUGCCCCAAUAGCAUCAACAUGUUGGCGGGGAUCAACGGGAUCGAGGUUGCUCAGUCGCUGGUGAUUGCGGUUCUGCUGAUCAUUAACGACGCAUUGUACCUCGCACCCAUGACUCCGUUCCCGCACCCUGCGAUGGAUUCCCAUCUCUUCUCCAUCUAUUUCCUGCUUCCCUUCGUCGGGGUCUCCCUGGCGUUGCUGUGUCACAACUGGUACCCGUCCAAGGUCUUUGUGGGGGACACAUACUGUUACCUCGCGGGAAUGGUCUUUGCCGUGGUCGGUAUUCUGGGCCAUUUCAGCAAGACCCUUUUGCUGCUGUUCAUCCCCCAGAUCUUCAACUUUGUCUUUUCAACCCCGCAGCUGUUUGGCAUCAUCCCAUGCCCGCGCCAUCGUCUUCCGAAGUUCAAUGCGGUCACUGGUCUGCUCGAUGCGUCCGUGACGGAAUGGACCGUCCCUCCAUCGCCGCUGAUCGCUACCAUCCUUGAAAUUCUACACAGGGUGCGCUUGGUGCGUGUGACGAAGAACAAGGAUGGUCAGAUCGUCGAAUCGACCAAUCUGACUAUUUUGAACUUGUGGCUCGUCUGGACGGGUCCCUUGAGAGAAGACAGGCUCGCCUUGCACAUGGUCGCCGUACAGACGGUCUGCGGCGUCAUCGCCUUGGUCAUCCGCCACCGGUUGGCAUUCUUGGUGUUCCGUGAAGAUAACCGAGCUUUUGGAGCCCACGUUUAGCCGGGGUUUAAAAUUUGAGUCUUUUUCGCCUGACUGUGGCGGCAGACUAUCGGUUAUUUAAUUCUUUUUUUUUUCUUGGAUUAGACGACCAUGUAACUAUAUACUACUCUGUUCUUUAUAUCGGGAUAGCCACGAUUCCGCCAUCUCUGUAAGCUUGCC